GCAGAAGCGCAAAAUCGCUCCUCGAGCGUUCUGUUCCAUUCGAUUUUCUCGAUGUCGAUGUUCGAGGACUCUGAGCCUGUUCGUGAUAAUCGAGCGUCUUCUAAGCGCGUGGCGUGAUGAUUAGUGAAAAUUUUGGCUCGAGCUGAGGAAGGCGCAAUGGAUGCUCUCGGGAGGAAUUUGGGCCUCUGUUUAAGCACGUCCGUUUCUUCCUCUACGAAGAGAAUUCGGUCGGUCUCGGAAUUCAGUGGAGAAGCGUCGGUGGAUUUCAAGAAGUUUGUUCUAGGCUUGAGGGAGAGGGACGUCGUUUGCUAUGGCAGCGGUCGGCCUGACAGGCGGGGGAGGAGAGAUUUGCCGUACAUUCGUAAAAUCUCGAGGGACAGGCAGAAAGAGAGAGAACGGAGAGAGGCGGGGAUUGCAGAAGAGGAGGACGACGCUUUUGAGGAGUCCGAUGAGUUGCGAAGUGGCGGGGAGAAAAUCGGUAAGCUUCCCAUCGAGUCUAACGGGCCGCCUCUGCUGAUACUGCACCCUUACAUUUCAGACGAGAAGCCUGUGGACGAGAGAUUUCUGCGACCUCUUCCUCUGCCUUCGCCUCACAAGUUACGACCCCUGAGGCUUCCAAAACCCUCACUUCGCAGAAAGGUCCGGAUUGCCGUGUCGACUAGAGACCGCGUACAGUCGUUCGAUUUUCUGAAAGAUUUGGCUUCGGAGAUCAGGUCUCAGCCCGAUGAUGAGCCCUUGUCGGAGCUCAUGGACAAGUGGGCCUGGAAGCUGCAGAAGGGUGCUCUGUCGAGAACCGUGAAAGAUUUGGGGCGAAUGCAGCUGACGGAGAAGGUACUUCCAAUAUUUCUGUGGCUGCAACGGCAGCCGCAUUUGUGGCCAGAUGAGAUUACAUUGUGUGCAGCUAUUCACGUAAUGGUCGAAGCUGGAGAAAUCGGAGUUGCUAUGCAGCUACAUAGAGGUGUGGGGCAGGACUCGAUCAGAGCAGCUCAGACUCUUGCAUCUGCAUUGGCUAAGUGUGGCCGUUUGGAGGAAGCCAUGGAAGUAGCGAAGAAUCUGCUGGACUCGGGUAGGAAAGUUGACGCUUCUGUGUACAGGACGAUCACAGAGUGGGCUUGUAGAACGGGGUCGAGAAACCUCGUCACGAGGUUGUGGCAGAAUGUAAACUUGUCGAAUUUGAACUUCAAGCUACAGGACUAUACUUCCCUUAUGGCUUCUUGUAGUAAAUUGGGCCUCUACGAAAUUAUUGACAGACUCUAUCAGGACUUUCUUGAUUCUGGCUUGGAACCCAACAUCGUGAUGUACACCACUCUCCUCUCGGUUCUGAGUAGAGAAGGUAGGUACAGAGAAGCUGUAGCUCUGAUUUGGGAGAUGGAAGAAGUCGGAUGUGAACCAGAUCUUAUGGCGUAUGAGGUGAUGCUGGACGUGUGUGCAAAGCUCGAAGACUUGAACAGAGCUAUGAAGGUGUACAAAGACUUGAAAAAUGCAGGAUACAUUCCAACUCCUGAUUUUUACAACACGCUCAUACAGCUGUUUGUGAAGAAGGGAUCCUUAAGCAGAGCGAAAGAUAUGACGAGGGAGAUGUCUUCAAGAGGAUACACGCCGUCUGCAGAGACGCUGUCAUACCUGUCAGCUGCAGCUGCUUAGUUGCUUCUGGCGAGUGAGAAAUAGUCCACCUGAUAUCUGCAGCAAUAUCCGAAUUAUGAUACGCCACGUUCUUUCUCAUACUCCGAUGAUGGGUCAAGCACCUUGUUGUCUGUUCCCACGCAUAGUUACAUUCACUUGGUCAGCCCCCAGAAAGAAAUCUUGUUUUUUUCCAUCUGUUGGGCACUGGAUGGUGAGAAGAAAGGUCGAUGGAUGGCAAGGAGAUGGAAUUUCAAAUUAUAGUUCGUUGUUGCAGGAAAAGGGCAUGGUGAGACAGCAAGCUGCGGAUCAUGGACGAGGAUGUCAUAAGGAGAAUAACAACUUCGUCAACCUACACAUUUCCAGAUAGUUCUGCUUGGUUGCUUAUAAUCCGCUUCGGCUCUGCCACUUCUACACCGCAUCUGGGUCGAAAUGUGGGUCUUUAUAAACUCUUAUACGAUCUACCUCUGGGCAUCUACUCAUACAUCCAAGACAUCUUACACGGCGCCACUGUCGUUUAGUCAAGAGCUCAGGUUCACUUCGCUGUACUUUCGGGAACAGAUGACAAGUAAGGCGACUGGGUUGUAAAAAGUCGCUCAUUCGCCAGUCCGACGACCCGGGACAUGUACGACAUUGCACCGACUAUGAGAGAAAUGGUUUAAUUUCGCUUUCAGAUGGAGCAAUUGCUCAGCAAGAUGAAUCUGACAAACUCUGGGCGCAGUCAGGGAAGUAUGAACUACACGGCGCGCUCCCUUUUGCAGGGAGCAUCCGUUCUCAACCGUCCACUGCAUUUCAGUGUGCUGGUAAACGAAUUUGAGCUGCGGCUCUGUGAGCUUGCUUUCGAUUUGUUAAUCGCUUUUCUAGGCAGUAGUGCCUAGCUGUUUGCUGGAUUGUCAUCAUUCGCUCCAGGGAUCAUACUCGACUAGAUGGAAAUUUAAGGUGGUUGCCACGGUCACGUGUUCCAUAACGAUAGAAAAUUCUGAGAAAAAGUUGCAACAAGAAUUCUGUUUUUUUGUGUAUUGUACUGCUGAGCGUGAGUCGGGACACUUUUCAGCCAUAGCAGCCGACCUGGCGAAGAUUUCUGGAUGUCAGUACGGUUCACUUUAUGUAAAUGACGAAAUCUUUAAAGUCCUGUUUGUAAUGAUCUUGAGGUAC